UGUCCGCGCCGCCGGCUGACCGCCGUGCCCGACGGCAUCCCGGCCGAGACGCGCGUGCUGGAGCUGAGCCGCAACCGCAUCCGCUGCCUGAACCCGGGCGACCUGGCCGCGCUGCCGCUGCUGGAGGAGCUCGACCUCAGCGACAACGUCAUCGCGCACGUGGAGCCCGGCGCCUUCGACCACCUGCCGCGCCUGCGGGUGCUGCGGCUGCGCGGGAACCAGCUGACGCUCAUCCCGCCCGGCGUCUUCACGCGCAUGGGCAACCUGACGCUGCUGGACCUCAGCGAGAACAGGCUGGUGGUCCUGCUGGACUACGCCUUCCAGGACCUGCGCAGCCUCCGGCGGCUCGAGGUGGGCGACAACGACCUGGUGUUCAUCUCCCGCCAGGCCUUCGCGGGGCUGCUGGCCCUGGAGGAGCUGACGCUGGAGCGCUGCAACCUCACGGCGCUGUCGGGCGAGUCGCUGGGCCACCUGCGUGGCCUGGGCGCCCUGCGUCUGCGCCACCUGGCCAUCGCCGAGCUGGAGGACCAGAACUUCCGGAAACUUCCCGGGCUGCUGCACCUGGAGAUCGACAACUGGCCGCUGCUGGAGGAGGUGGCGGCGGGCAGCCUGCAGGGCCUCAACCUGACCUCGCUCUCCGUCACUCACACCAACAUCACUGCCGUGCCGGCCGCCGCGCUCAGCCACCAGGCCCACCUGACCUGCCUCAACCUGUCCUACAACCCCAUCAGCACGGUGCCGCGCGGGUCCUUCCGGGAUCUGGUCCGGCUGCGAGAGCUGCACCUGGCCGGGGCCCUGCUGGCCGUGGUGGAGCCCCAGGCCUUCCUGGGGCUGCGGCAGAUCCGCCUGCUGAACCUCUCCAACAACCAGCUGUCCACCCUGGAGGAGGGCACUUUCCACUCGGUCAACACGCUGGAGACGCUCAGGGUGGACGGCAACCCGCUGGCCUGUGACUGCCGCCUGCUGUGGAUCGUCCAGCGGCGCAAGACCCUCAACUUCGACGGGCGGUUGCCGGCCUGCGCCACGCCGGCCGAGGUGCGCGGGGACGCGCUCCGCGAUCUGCCCGACUCCGCGUUGUUCGAGUACUUCGUGUGUCGCAAGCCCAAAAUCCGCGAGCGGCGGCUGCAGCACGCGGCGGUCACCGCGGGCGAGGACGUCCGCUUCCUCUGCCGCGCCGAGGGCGAGCCGGUGCCCACCGUGGCCUGGGUGACGCCCCAGCACCGCGUGGUGACCGCCGCCGGCGCCGGGCGCGCCCGCCUGCUGCAGGGCGGCACCCUGGAGAUCCGCGACGCGCGGCCGCAGGACAGCGGCACCUACACGUGCGUGGCCAGCAACGCCGGCGGCAACGACACCUACUUCGCCACGCUGACGGUGCAGGCGGAGCCGGCCGCCAACCGGACCCCGGGCGAGGGGCGCAACGAAACGCUGGCGGCCGCCCGCUUCCCGCUGGACCUGACCACCAUCCUGGUGUCCACCGCCAUGGGCUGCAUCACCUUCCUGGGCGUAGUCCUCUUCUGCUUCCUGCUGCUGUUCGUGUGGAGCCGUGGCCGCGGGCAGCACAAGAACAACUUCUCGGUGGAGUACUCCUUCCGCAAGGUGGACGGGCCGGCUGCCGCCGCGGGCCAGGGGGGCGCCCGCAAAUUCAACAUGAAGAUGAUCUGA